AUGGCGCAAAACCCGAGCCUCCAAUCCACGCCCUCCCAGGCUCAAUCUGGGACCGCACCAGACGUCACCACCUGGAAGCUCUUUACCGAUAGAUUCGUCAUCCUCCACUCCAACGCAGAAACGAUCCUCCAACUCACGCCCCCGUCACUCAUUUUCUCUCAGCAUGACGCAGAGAUCGUGCAUGCGGCGAUGAUGCUAGAAGCUAAGAUCUGUCCCGGUCAGGCGCCGGAUAUCGUCAAGCAUGCAUUCGUACGCUGGGCUUGGAACAUCACGCCCGAGGGGGAGUUGAAGGAGGUGCCGCAUUUGACGGUCGAGGACAGGGAGCUGUGGUAUCAGCUGAUGGGGUCGAAGACGGUGCUGAGUGAGAUUCCAGAGUGCUUUCGGAGGAAUAUGAUGGCUCUUCCGGCUCCUCUUCUUAGGAAGCGGGGAGUAGAUGAGGAGGGGCGGGGUGAUGGGAGGGAGAAGCGGGCGAGGAUUAUGGAGCCGGCCCAGCAGGAUACAUCUGAGGAAAUGUUCACGGAAUCCCAAACGAGGAAGGAGCAAGCGCCUAUCAAGCAGAUAGCCGACAUAAAGAAGCAAGUCCAAGAGAUCAUCACAGGAAGGAAGAAGCUCGAUUCACAGCUGCAGGAAAUUGCUCAGCUGAAAGAACAAAUUCUCAAGAUGCAAGCCUGGCAGGAAGGUAAAGCCGACAUCCUCCGCUUCGCCCUUCUCACGAUCGCCUACUUGGUAUUGAACCGAGAAAAUGAAAACCUCAGCGACGAUGCAAACGUCAAGUUGCUGGAAUUCCUCCAGAAGGAGCUUGUCUGCAUCAAGCGAACUGGCGACUUUUCCCGCGAAAAGGCCGAGAAAAUGGUGAGAUACCUCAUCCUGGAGGAGGAUUGGUUGGAGAGCGAGACGACCGAGGAAUGGCAAAAGGCGUUGGAGAAGUUCAACCAGAAGCUGGAGAUCUAG